CGCGCGCGCCAACAAGUCGCAUGCGUUCCCUCCUGCUCGGACAGUUUAAAUCCAGCGAAGCCAACGUCCGGAAAAUAUACUUAAUUCAAAUGAGUGUUUGCGAUAUUCAGGCGUUGAGGCCAAUAUCCGGUUGAUUCGAUUCAAGUGCCAAAAAGAAUUCAAUAAAUUUUGUUGAGCUCUUCCCCCGUGUUUGUCCGCUCGUGUGUGGUGUUGUAAACAAAAUUUGGCCAAAGUGCUGAGUGUGUUCGUGUUUCCCACUUAACAUUACGCUCUUCCGUAUCCUGUCUGAGAGUGCCAGUGGGGUAGGGAGUGAUGCCGAUGUUCGCGCGUGUGUCUGUUUUAAACACGGAAAACACUUUUCCGCAGAUGUAAGCAUAAUAAACCAUAAUUGCAAAUAGAGAAGGACAGCAUCGCAUCGAGUGCAGAGAUCUGUGCAAAAUGCAGAAACAAGCAACGAGCAGCAGGCCAUGCGAGGAAAUAAAUUAAUCUUUUAUGCUUAAACAAAUCCGGUUUUUCCGUCGAACGAGAAACAGCAUUGAACGGAGCAGAAUCGUACGGAGUCAGCAGUAUAGCAGGAGGAUAUACGGAUUCCCCGAUGAUAGCCAACCUGGUCAACGUCAUUAGCAGCAUCGCCAUCGAGAUGGACUCGGGCAUGAACACGGACCAGCAUAAGACUCUUGACAUUGACGCGGGGUCGGGACUGAACGUCACGCAGGCUCUCUGGGAGCUGGCAGUGGCAGCGGCCACUGGGAUGCCGCCCCUCAUCGAGGGCCUUGACAAUGGAAGCGUGCCGGUGACCGAGACCCCCUAUGUGCCCUACGGCAGGCGGCCGGAGACCUACAUUGUGCCCAUCCUCUUUGCCCUGAUCUUCGUGGUCGGCGUCCUGGGCAAUGGGACACUGAUUGUGGUCUUCCUGAGCGUGCGGCAGAUGCGGAAUGUUCCAAACACCUACAUACUUUCGCUGGCCCUGGCAGAUCUGUUGGUCAUCAUCACCACAGUGCCACUGGCAUCCACCAUCUACACGGUGGAGUACUGGCCUUAUGGCAGCUUCUUGUGCAGUCUGUCGGAGUUCAUGAAGGAUGUAUCGAUUGGGGUGUCGGUGUUCACACUGACAGCCCUCUCGGGCGAUCGGUACUUUGCCAUUGUCGAUCCAUUGCGAAAGUUUCAUGCUCAUGGAGGCGGUCGCCGGGCCACGCGCAUGACCUUGGCCAUAGCGGUUUCCAUUUGGCUGUUGGCCAUCAUCUGCGGUCUCCCAGCCCUCAUCGGAAGCAAUCUCAAGUAUCUUGGCAUCAACCAGGAAAAGUCGAUUGUCAUCUGUUAUCCCUACCCGGAUGCUUGGGGCGCUAACUACGCCAAGACAAUGGUCCUGUUGCACUUCCUGGUCUACUAUGCCAUCCCAUUGGUGAUAAUAGCGGUUUUCUAUGUGCUGAUUGCCCUGCACCUGAUGUACACGGCGAGUGUUCCUGGCGAGAUGCAAGGAGCUGUCAGACAAGUUCGAGCGCGUCGCAAAGUCGCUGUGACUGUGCUGGCAUUCGUUGUCAUCUUUGGCAUUUGCUUUCUGCCGUACCACGUCUUCUUCCUCUGGUUCUACUACUGGCCCACUGCCCAGGAGGAUUACAAUGCGUUCUGGCAUGUCCUGCGCAUCGCCGCUUACUGCAUGUCCUUCGCCAACAGCUGUGCCAACCCGGUGGCCCUCUACUUCGUGAGCGGCGCCUUUCGCAAGCAUUUCAAUAGAUAUCUGUUUUGCCGCGGCGCAAACGGACGCCGCAAGAAGCGGAACCAAGCGAACGACACCUUCUGCAUGCACCGGGACACCUCGCUGACCAGCACCGCUUCGAAGCGCUAUCAGUCGCGUCAUUCCUGCUAUCAGAGCACCAUCCGCAGCUCUCGACUGCAGGAGACAACGAUAGCCAUGCUGCCAAAUGGGCCCCAGGGCCCGAAUGGCGCCCCAAUUUCAGCCGUAGACCUAGCCGCUUGCCAGAAUGAGGCGACGCGGGGCUACGAUUGUUUCCCACUGAACGAGUACGGCCAGCGGACCAGGCCGCCACUAAGGCAGCAGCAGUCCCUAUUGAAUUAAAACGGCAGCCCAAAGCUGGCCCCAAAAAACUAGUCUUUAAGGGAGUUUACAGGAAGGCAAGUCGGGCAGGAUCCGAAUCACCCGACUUGCGGAGGAACAAAAUAAGCUAACCAAAAAUUAGAAACUACACAUUUAAGCUGAGAUUAAUUUUGCUUUAAAUUCUGUUAUAUUUUUGAUAGCGCACUCUCAUUAAAAUAUAUGUA